GGAGCCAGCGAGCUGCGUGCGUACGUGUACUACUUGCCUUGGCGCACCCGCAUUGUCAUCUCGGACAUUGACGGCACGAUCACCAAGUCGGACGUGUUGGGCCACCUGCUGCCCGCCAUGGGACUGGACUGGUCGCACCCGGGCAUCGCGGAGCUGCUCACCAACAUUCGGCAAAACAACUACCUGAUCAUGUACCUGAGCUCUCGCUCCAUCAGCCAGGCCAACAUCACCCGCGACUUUAUCAACACGCUGGUCCAGGGGCAGCACCGCAUGCCGCUGGGGCCCGUCAUCAUCUCGCCGCACGGUCUGCUUCCGUCGUUGUACAGGGAGAUGAUUCUGCGGCGGCCGCACGAGUUCAAAAUUGCGACACUGCAGGACAUUCGGGCACUCUUCCCGUCGGACUGGAACCCGUUCUACGGUGGAUUUGGAAACCGGGACACAGACGAGAUCAGCUACCGCGAGGUGGGGGUGCAGCCCUCACGUAUCUUCAUCAUCAAUCCACGGGGCGAGCUGCGCCAGCCGAUC